GACUAAACUUGAGAUCUACAACCAUUAUUUUAUUGUUCCGUCCACUUUUUGUAGGUUUUUUCCGCGCUGAAAGGAAAAUGGAAGUGGGGAGGGUGACUGUGAGAGAGAAGCUCACAUCCAAUUGUUCCAUAAUCCAUAGUCAGCUCCGCCCCAUGGGGCUUCGGCCUUCUAUAAAUAUCCCACACCACUCUCCCAUUUGGUUCUUGCUAUGUUCCUUUCAUUUCCUCUGCCUUCUUUCUUCAUUUGUUCUUCAGUUUCUGGUUUUCUUUGGCUGAGAGAGAGAGAGAGAGAGAGAGAGAGAGAGAGAGAGAGAGAGAGAGAGAGAGAGCGCGGUGGGGAAUUUGUAAUUUUGUUUUGUGUUCAAUCUUCUCCUUUCUUCAAUUUUGUUUAGGUCAAUUAUUGUUGUUGGCGACACACAAACAAGGUAUCCAGGUAGAGAGAUUUAGAGAGAGACCCUUUUCUUCCUUGCAGGUCCGCCGUCCAUUUGCUUCCUUCCUCUCCAGAUCAAGUGAGUUUAUCUUUUGUCUCUCUUAUUUUCCUUUUUGGUUGUUAGUUUUGUUUCCACCGUACCAAACUAUCAAUUGCAACUCAGAUCCGGGCGAGUGAUUGUUUAUGUUAUCCUCGCUUCCCCCUUUCCCCUUUUUAUUCUGAUCUAAUAAGUGUACCGUGAAUUUUAAGAACCCUUUCAGCUUUAUCCUGUUUAGAUAAUGUUAUAUUAGAUUUGCUACUAGUCUUUUAUUUUUAAUUCUUCAAGUCAGUAUGAGCUCCCGAGAAUCCGUUUUAUUUAGACUGGAUCUGCACCCUUACCGUGCUGAUCAUUCAUUCCUCUACUUUCUGCCUACCCAACAACCAAAUUUCCCAUUUCCCAUCUGAAGCUGGGGGUUCUUCCUUGACCAACCGUGUUGAGAAAUAAACUGUGGCAUCUGGAUUUGGGAGUUAGAGAAGGGAAACCCAUUUUGACCAAUUUCUCGCCUUCUGCAGAACUCCUGCGUUGAAGGGCGUGUGAAAGGCGAGAGCUUUUGAAAGCUGAAAGCAAUUUUUAGCAAUGGAAGUUUGUGGCAAACCCAUGGUUUCUGUUCCCGGCAAUGUUAUUUAUCUGUCCACCAUUCUGGGGCGUGAUGGGUCGGUUCCUGUUCACAAAUGUAAUUGGAAGUGUCGGAAUGAGCACGUCUGUGGUAACAUGUACCUCUGCAAACUAACGGGUCUCACUCACAUCUGUGACAAGAAUUGUAACCAGAGGAUCUUGUACGAUAACCAUACUUCUCUGUGCCGGGCAAGUGGCAAGAUGUUCCCUCUCUCACCUUCUGAGGAACAGGCCAUCAGAGGAGUCCGUAGGAAGCUUGAUGCUGAGACAUCACCUCCAGAUACCUGUGGUUUUAAGCGCAGGAGGGAAGCCUUCCAUCCUUCACCUUUCAAGAGAGCUUUUGCUGCUGCUGUCAGUCCAAUCUGCAGCCAAGUCGGAGAUGGCAUGGAUUUGAGCUAGAUGUAUCUGUCAAAUAACUGAAGUGACUCUUUGCUCCUUACGCUUAUUAUGUCUCUUCACCUCUUUUUCCUUUUUCUCUUUCUCUUCCCCUCUUUACUUUCUUACUUUAUCCUUUGGAUUGAAUAUUGAUUACUAAGCUUAAUGCGGGGACUCCAGUGGUGGACUGGAUAUGUUCUCCUUGCUGUAGGAACUCUAUUUCAGUUUAUGUUUAAUGCAAUUUAGUACUUCGUUAAACAUAGAUUAUCUGACGGAGGAUUCAUUAUGAAUAAAGCUGAGUUUAGCUUUACGAUAGUCUUAUGUUUGAAUCUUGACUCUAGUGAUUGAUGGAUUCAUUUUGGUUGGCAUCAUACUAUUGUGGUGUCCUUUUCCCGGAUUUGUACUUCCUUUUCAUAGUUGCAUAGAGUGUCUUUCUCUCUUCGUGGCUGUUUCUAGCUUCUUUAGUGGAUUGUCACAUAUAUUGUUACAUUGUCAGGGUUACACUUGAUGGGACUUUUCCUUGUAUGUGUCGUUUAACUUCAAAUUCAAUGACUGUCUGUAGUGUGCCUCUUGAUUUCAUCUGAUACAGGCUAUGUCUAUGUCAGGAUCUUCAAAUGAAAGGCCCUUAUAGUUAUCUGGUAUUUCCACUGAUUUAUGCAGGGAUCGAGGCUAACUUAAUUCAUUACAUAUUUGUUAUUGGUUCAAUUACUUUCUCUAACUUGGUUUUGUGCUUUUUUUUAUAUGUAAAUUUCAAUUUUGCAGGGGUUCUAAGUGUGUAAUUACUGAGUUUUAAAUUGCUCACUGUGUUUCAUUAUCUUUCUUAUGACAAAAAGCUGAUUUCCAUUCCACUGCUUUAUCUCUGUCCAUCUCAUUUGGUUAUUCUUUCUGUACAGGAGAGCAGUAAAAGGACAGGAUGUGCUAUUGGAAGGGCAAGGAUUAUAUGUUCUCUGAUUCACCUUGGUGCUAUUUGGGUAAUGCAGCAACGGAAGCCUUGGGAUAUUCCUCUUCUGGUUGGUUAACAUCUGUAUCUUACCUUGCUAUCUGUGCUUGUGCCAAGAGAUUUUUUGGGUUUUAAUCAUUGUUAAGCAGGUAAAAGAAUUCUGCUUUACAAGCUAAGUGAUUGGGAUCUCAACUUAAUGGGUCCGCCAAUACUCAUAUAUGUGAUCUUUUUUAGGCCUACUUCACCAGCCAUGUUUUUUGUGUUAUGUUAGGGAAAAGGUGGUUGAUCAGGUUAUUGAGCAAUCAUGUAGCUAAUGGUAAGAAAGUGUUGCGUGUUGUUUCAGCUUGAUUGCCAUUGUGUUUGGGUACAUGAAAGCUUCCAAGACUGGGAAUGGGGAACUAAGGUUUGUUUCUUAUUCUUCAGAUUUUGGUAGCUCGUAACAAAAUGAUGCAUAUUUUCCAGCUGAAAUACUCAAUCCACGAUUUUGAGCAUUUGGGAGUUGAGGAACUUGGAUAUAGCUCUGCGGUGUAACUAGUAUCAUUGGUUCACUGCUUAAAAGAGGGUGGUAAAGGUUAUUAUUAGACAGGUAUGAGCUUCCUGCUGCAUUUGGCAAAUAGAGAAGUCCUUAAACAAGCUGUGAUAUUUUCGAAGAAAUAUGAUUGGGGAUUAAUGAAGAUUCCUUGGAGUAGCACAGUUGUGGAGCCAGCCAGCCAGGUCAGGGAAUUUGCGUUAAACUUUUGGCAUGAUUGUUGGCUCCUUUUUGUGUACUCCCUAGUGAUUUCCUGCAACUUGUUAGUGGCAGCUAUUAAUGUUUUGGCUUAUUUGAACAAGGUUGGCUGGAAGAGAUGGCGUGGUUCAUAUCCUUACAGUUGGCCAAGAGUGGUGCAUAAAGAAGUAAAGCUUAAAUUGACUAAUCAUGCUUCCAGAGAAUGCCGGGGGAGUGGGAGUUCUGAAGUAUAAAAUGACGUUGCUUGGCCUGGAAUUGCCUACUUCUUGGUUUGAUGGUUCUGCAGGAACUAGGAGCUUCCUGAUCUGAAGUUCCCAGGUCUGAGUGGUGUCCCUGCUAGUAUAGUUUGGGGAUAGAUGUGUCACUUUGAUGAUCACUAAGAGGAGAAUUCUAUAGCCUGCUGAUAUCUCAACCAAGAGGGGAUGGUUUUUAUUUUACUGUUGAGUGAUCUGGUGUUGCAUUUUUAGAUUGACAGACAACAUUCUGAUUCAGAAUUUUUAAGUUUUGUUACAAGGUUUGAUCCUGCUUCUCUCCCUUGGUUCAAAGUUGCUGGGAUGUGCCAAGCAGAGAGGUCAGCCUAUUGCUCACUGUUCUGCUAACAGGAUCAUAUUUACUUUUGGCUGUCGACCCAAGUUUUCCAUUUGGGGAUGGUUGAUCUUGGACCGAGUAGUGAUUGUUGGUGCUGUGUAUGAGUUUUGCUUUCCUUUGUUUGUUUAUGCACUGGGUUAUCAAGUCUUCACCCUUUGUUUCUCAUUUUCUUCAUAUUGUUCUGCAAUGAACAUGACUGGAUUAUGAGAGAACGGUGUUAUUAUGAAUGAUGAAAAGUGCUGCACUACUCUCUCAGUUUCAGAUUGUCCAUUUGCUAUUAAUUGCAUUAGACGAUGAUGGUGCAGAGGUGGUGGUCAAUGGAGUGGGUGAAAUCUGUUUAGUGGUUGAUUGGUGUCUGGUGAGUUCAGAGUUUACCCGGUGAGGGUAGAAAUUGAUUGGAUGGAUGAGGUGGAUCGCAUUGGUAAGUUUGCUUUGUAUUAUGGUUUCAUUUCAACGAUGCAGCUACUUGUAUCUCCACUAGAGAGAGAGCACCCAGAAUGGAUGGGCUCGUGGGCAUUAACAAUCUCAUCACUCGCAGUAUUCAGCCAAUCUACUGUACUAGUCAGUUCAUAGUAACCGUAAAUAUAUAUUUCUCCAUUAC